AAUCCAAUCCUGCUCUCGGUGUUUGAUGUUGUCAGCUCUCGCUCGACGCAAUAUCUUGUGCCUUUACAAUUGUCAGAUUUGAUCUGAAACGAUCCACAGCCCUUAGGCAUUCAGCUUAUAUUAGAAACGCUCGCUUGAAACUCGUUUCUGCGUCCCAGCUUUUGACCAACUUCAAAUCUUCUCUUAGGGACAUUUUGAAUGCCAUCUGACAUUCCAGCGAGGGGAACUCCGACCGUGGGACGCAGUAAGCCUGCCUUAAUGAAUUCGAGCUGUCAGAAUUGAACUCACGAUCUUGACAGCCGGUUUCUGAAUUGCCGUUCGGCUACAACAGCGGCCCGCCUCUGCACUCGUCUGUAAACAGCUGACUCGGUAAAAAAGCACGCCCCUUGUCUUCGCAUAGAACGAGUCAUCCUUCUAUCUGAAGCCUCGCAAGCGGUGGCAUGGUUUCCAAAAAUCAAGAUUCUCUGGAAUGGCUGCUGCUUUUGGCGUCGGCUAUGCAUCUAGUCGUCUGUCCCUUCACCAAAGUAGAAGAGAGUUUUAAUCUUCAAGCGAUCCACGACAUCUUGUACCACCGGACAAACAUUUCCAACUACGACCACUUAGAGUUUCCAGGAGUGGUACCGAGAUCCUUCGUCGGCCCUCUUCUGGUCGCCAUUUUCGCAGGCCCCUGGGUUGCAGUUAGCACAUUCAUGGGCUUGGAAAAAAUAGUGGCUCAGUACAUAGUGAGAGCUGUCCUGAGCACCAUGGUUGUGUUUGCCUACCGGGAGUUCUGCCGUGCGCUUCAAAAAGAAUUUGGAGGCGUGAUGACCAACUGGCUGACGCUGCUGACGGUGUCGCAGUUUCACUUUGUGUUCUACAUGUCGCGGCCUCUCCCCAACACGUUUGCCCUCGUGUUUGUCCUGCUGGCGUACAGCUUCUGGGUUGAGCAGAGGCACGUUCCCCUCAUCCUGUCCAGCGGAGUGGCCGUCCUCGUGUUCCGCACGGAGUUGGCCUCUUUGCUCGGCAUCAUCCUCCUCAUCGAGCUGUUCUCGGGGAGGCUGGGCAUUCUCAAGCUCCUCAAGUGGGGCAUUCCGACUGCAGUUGUUCUGUUAGGGGCCACGAUCGUGAUCGACUCUUACUUCUGGCAGCGCUGGCUGUGGCCAGAAGGAGAAGUCCUCUGGUUCAAUCUGGUGCUCAACAAGAGCUCCGAGUGGGGUACUUCACCCUGGUCCUGGUACUUCUACUCUGCCAUCCCGAGGGCACUGUGCAGCUCGCUGAUACUCCUUCCAGUGGGAGUGUGGGUCGACUCGAGGGUGAAAGUGAUGCUCCUUCCGGCCGUCGGAUACGUGAUCCUCUACUCCUUCCUGCCCCACAAGGAGCUCAGGUUCAUCGUCUAUGUGUUUCCCCUCUUCAAUGUGGCAGCUGCCAGGGCCUGUCUCUUCGUCUGGAACAGCAGGCUCAAGUCCAGCUGGCACGUGGUGUUCACGCUGGGCGUGUGCAUGCACCUGGUGGCCAACCUGUGUGCCACAGGCCUCCUCCUCUACAUCUCCAGCUACAACUACCCCGGGGGACACGCACUCAAGAAGUUGCACGAACUCGAGGCCGGCUUUCCGGUUGCCAACAUCCACAUCGAUGUGUAUUCCGCUCAGACAGGAGUCUCCCGAUUUGGAGAAUUGAAUCCUCACUGGAGGUACAACAAGACGGAGAACCUGGUCGCGGGAGGCCUGACCAUGCACAGCUUUACGCACCUGCUGGUGGAGGGAAAGUCGAUGCACAGCAGCUCAGUGGUGCCCUACCGGGAGACGCACGAGCUCGUGACGGCCGUGGAGGGCUACAGCCACGUGCGGCUCAACUACGCUGCCUUCCCGCCCGUGCUCGUGCGCACGCGGCCCAGGGUCCUCGUCUUGCGGCGCAGGGCGACUCCAACCGAGGUCAUCCUGGAACCCCAGCACAAGCGGUCGGCCCAGGUCUGACUGGGCUCGUCGAACCCCGGCACCGCCGUCGUCGACCAUCUUUCGUUUCGGUUUAUUUAAAAAGUCGUCCUGCACCGCAGUAAGGGGCACCAAAAGGGAUUUUGACCCUUAGUACAAGCGGUCUGCCCAGGUUUCAUUGGGCCACCUGACCUCCGGCCAUUCUUUCGUCCAGUUAAGGUUUAUUUAAGAAUUAUUCUGGCUUUUGAUUUUUUAUUAAAGGGGCAUAAAGUAGAUUUUGAGGUAGUUUAUGGUGCAGGCUCUGCCUGUCCAUUCUAAGCAUGUUAGAAAACCAAGUACUGCAAUUGUACAUGAUCUUUUUUUUUUUUUUUUUUAUAAUUAAAAAUGCUGCGAAGUCUUUUCACGUGCCAUUUUGUUCCCGAGAUUUUGGCGACUAUGCGAAAUCGAAAGCACCUACCAGCUAGAGCAGAACACUGUUGCGGCAGGUUCGCUCACCAGCUUUCUCAAAGGAUUCAGAUUUUCACGGCGCCUGGCGGUUUAAAGUUGAAGCCGUAAAAUUAGGUUAAAAAACAUGCAAUGAAAAUCGUCAGUAUUUCAAAGGAGGCAUAACGUGAUGUUUGAUUGUGCUUAUAUUAGAGAGGAAAGCCACACGCGGUUGUAAUUAUGGGCUUUCUAGAAUGCUUAGGACGCACAGAUCGAGUUUGCACCAUAAAAAGACAAUCUCGAAAUCCACUUUAGUUCCCCUUAAGGAUGGAGCAAGCAUGGCCAUUCCCGUGGGAACAUUUUGAGGCGUCUAGGACCCACCGUUAAGCAAUCUUGUCCAUUUGUGUUCUACUACAACAGUUCAAGGGAAAUCGUCGAGAGUGGCUCGUCGGGAAUAAUACGACAGCUCAGAAGUUUGACCAGCCGAUUGUUCCAGCUGUUGCGCUAGCGUAUAUCUGUGACAAUUGUUUACUUCAAUUUUUUUUUUUGUUUUGUAAAUGUGUAGUUUAAUAGACUGUCUCGUUUAGCAUCUUGCCACCACCGAUAGUUAUAUUGAAAGUUCAAAGCAAAAGAAAUGGUUCCAUGAAUUUUUUUAACUUUCUUGAAGUUCCACAAUGCUGUUCUGUGGGGCAGGAAAUUUCGACCACUAGUUGUUUAUGGCGGGCGACAAGAACCGCAGACAUUGAGAGAUUGAGACCCUGGAAACUGCACUUUGUUUCCCUGGCAUUUCUGGAGCUUAACAUGGCAAAAAAAAAGCCAUUUACGAAGGUACCAUCUCAGCUCGGGGCAGCAUGCGAGAGUGAGUGACUCGUAAUCCAAGUUACUGAAAAAGUAACAAAUGUGAUAGCAUAAUGGGAUACACCUAGCAUUUGUAGUAUCAGCCUUUCGUGCCACAUGCCCAAUCCUCACAAUGUGUCAUAAUUGUCAAACAAUAAUAGCACAGCACCAGUACUGCUUUUUUUUUCCUACGGUAAUUGACAUGGCAGAAGUGUUCUCCUUUGGUUUGACUGAAAUCCAGUGAAACUUCGACAUUGAUUCUGAAGUUUUGGAUCAUGUGAAGCCCCUGUCCUCAGUAAUUUCAUGGGACUAGUUGUCACAUGCUAAUAUUUCCUCAUUCGUCGUGAUCUUUCUUUAAGGGAACUGCAAAGUGAUUUUCAGACUGUAUAAGUAACGCUCGGAACAGAGCUUCGUGCACAUUGAAUGCAAGAUGCACUUGAGCGUUUUGUUUCACAUCCCAUCUAUUAUGUGGAAAAUUAAGGAAAUCAAAAGCUCAUAUUGUCUCAGCUCGACUCAUAGAACACCGAGCGAUGCAGAUAGCGUGAACGAGCAAUCUGUUUUUUUAUCUGCGUUUCUGUCUCAGCUGAAGAGUCAUCAUCACAGAUAGCGUGAACGAGCAAUCUCUGUUUUUUUAUCUGCGUUUCUGUCGCAGCUGAAGAGUCAUCAUCAAAAUUGCUAAUGUGGGGAAAUUUUCUCAUCGACGACAACUUGGGCGGUAAAAUUUGUAGUUUGUGAAUAACAUGUCUGAUCUAGCCGCCAAAAAACGGUGAAGUCUUUCUCGCGCUAACAGUGUCAUGCAGUGUAAAUCUGUGAUGAAGAGUGUCCCGGCAUGCAGAAAGACUCCUAUGAAUUCCACUCUCUGCGAGGACUGUUCUCUCUCCUUAUCGUAUUGCAGGAGAAAAACAGCCCUCUAUAGAAUGGUGUGGUAAUGGUAAUUGGACUAAUUGAGACAAUUGGCUACUCACAAAAUUACUGAUUGCAGCUUCCAAAGACACCUGCACAAUAACUGCCAGAGAGGAAAGUAGUCCCCUCCUCUGUUUGGGAUCGCUCUGUGGGAACGAAGGCGGGUAAAACCAGCACGUUUUGGCACGCUUUUGUCGCAUUAUUCGAGGAACACUUCAUAUCAAAUCUGUGAAUUGUUUCAAGGCUUUUGUAAAUUGGAAUUCAACUUCCGUUUUUGGUAGACUUCUGCAUCCCAUCUGAGACACCCUUGCAAAAAUCGCGGGUCCUCAGCCCCAUGACACCUUGUCUUGCUGAUAAAAAAAUUGCCAACCCCUGUUCUUAGAUAUAAUACUAGAUAGGCUAGCAUAUUGGAAGGGAACAUGCAGCAUCUGCUGUUUGGCAGGAUUAUCUUUGUAGCGGCGAGGAGUUGGCGAGUCCGAUCACUAAUACAUCAUUUUUCUAGGAAAUAUUUGGCAAGCGACUUUUUUCGUACCAGAAAGAGAUGUAUCAAAUGUUGGUGAAGCAGCUCAUUUAAAAAAUGUAAAUAGCUUCCUUUUUUUUUUAAAGGAGGUAUGUAUGUGAUUUAGAGAUGCUUCAAUAUUUUUUACUCUAUGGUUUAGCAAGUCGUGGAAGAAUUUCAGCACACACAUUUUGGGGCGGACAGUGGAGCAGUAAAAUAUGAUUGGAAGUUCCUCUUUUGUGAAAGCAUUCACACCACUGCGGUAGGUCAUCUUCCAGUACACUCAUCAGGGGAAGCUACACCUUAGUUAAACAUGUUUCUAGGCACUAUACCCAGGGGGCGACUGUUAGGAACUUCUGAAAGGCCUCUUUUAACAGCCCUUUUCCUCAAGUGGGAGGAAUACAAGCCUAAACCAACUUCAACUCUCCAUUAAAUACAUCUGGUGAAAAGUGGUGGUAGUGAGGUAUUUCUUGCCAGGUGACAAACCUUGAUUAUAUGAAAAGAAAGGCAAGAAUGGAGGCUGAUAAACAAAAAUAAAGGGCACAAAUCAAGCAUGUAGCAACCAUAAAUGCCAAAAUGCAACCAAAGACAAAGUAAUGUUGUGCUGUAAUGUGUUAGUACAAAAAUGUGUGAGGCAUUUAAUGGGGCAUCCAACCAAAGUGAUGUAAGGUAAUGCACCAUUGACAAUCUUGUACUCCAUCACUAUUGACACAGACAGAAGAGUGCUGUUCCACUUAGUGUGUGCAACAUUAGCGUGAAAAUAAUGCACAUUUGUGUCAACUACAGUUGGUGCCGAAUGUCGCCUCCUUCAAUGAAAUAAACAAAACUUUUCAA